AUGGCCACUGACAAUGGAAGGGCCUUAUCAAAAGCAUCUCAUGACGAUUUAAAGACGUUACGAGAACAGAAUGCCCUGCUCUGGACGGGCAUGGAGCGCCUGCAAGUCCUUGCGGAUCAGGAGCUGCAGGAUAAAUUGUCAAAAUGGUUGAACAUACCAGACCCAUCUACCAAUUACCACGCAGCGCUGCGGAAGCGACAUCCUGAGACGGGGCAGUGGCUCCUUAACGGUCAACAUUUCACAGAUUGGAAAAGCUCGACAUCCUCGUUGAUGUGGCUCCACGGCAACGCGGGCUGCGGCAAGACCAUCUUAAGCGCUGCAUCGUUACACCAUAUUUUUCAGCAAAAGGAGUCUUAUCCCGACACGAUCGUGAGCUACUUUUAUUUCGAUUUCAAUGAUGCAGCGAAGCAGUCCUCUAGAAAGGCUAUCCGAUCAUUACUAUUCCAGGCUGCUCUUCAGGCCAACGACGUCCUUGGCGAUCUUGAAAGGCUGUAUCACAAAUGCAGUAGCGGACAGCAACAGCCCGCAGAAGAGACCAUCCAUUCACUGUUUAGAGCCACAACUGAUCGCCCGGGAGCGAAGUACAUCAUUUUAGAUGCUCUGGAUGAGUGUACAGACCGUGAAGACCUAUUAUUGUCUUUUAUUCGAGAAGUGACGGCGUCCAAACCACGAGACCUCCAUAUCAUGGUCACGAGUCGCCGGGAGAGAGACAUUGAAGUCGAAUUGAGUCCGGUUGCGGAUCACAACAUCAACAUUCAAAGUGCCAUUGUGGACGAAGACAUACGUGUCUACAUGCGCGAUCGGAUGGCCACAGACGCGAAGUUGAAGAAGUGGCCGGACUCGGUGCGCGAUGAAAUUAUGACGGCCAUGAUGAAGAAGGCCGGUGGCAUGUUUCGAUGGGUCUUUUGUCAACUAGAGUCCAUUCGAAAGUGUAUCCAGCUGAAAGGACUGAGAGACACCCUGUCGUCUCUACCAAAGACACUCGAUGAGACGUAUAAUCGAACACUCCAAAAUCUCGAAUCCGCCGAGCAGCUUCAGAACGCUGUUAAAGCCUUGCAAUGGCUUUGUUUCUCGAAUCGUCCUCUUCGAUUAACAGAAAUGGUGGAGAUUCUCGCCCUAGAAACUGGAGAUCAAGGGGGAUUUGAUCCCGAGCAGCGGCUUCCUGAUCCGAUGGACGUUAUGGUUGUCUGUUCAACCUUAAUCGUCUUCCUUCCCUUUGAUACCAAAGAAAUUUUCAGAGAUGACGGUGGCAUAGAUAGCACCGUCUCUUUGGACGAGAGUGGCAGAGAUGCUGACCGGAUACAAAUUCGGCUGGCACACUUUUCUGUCAAGGAAUUUCUUCUGUCUCACCACUGUGUGUUAAGCCAGAGUUUUCGGCCACAAGUCUGCAACUCUAUCAUUGCAGAAGGCUGCCUGCAUUACUUGCUCCAUCUUGGUCAGCAUGGACCCUUGACUAGAGAACUCGCCAGGCAGUAUUCCCUAUCGGCAUAUGCGGCGCAGCACUGGUGGCAGCACUUGCAGACCAUCGCUGACACAAUUGACGAGACGCUCCUAGAACUUGCAGUACGUCUUUUGACGGAAGUGGAUGGCUCCCUGCUCGUAUGGGUACAGCUUUACAAUACUACUCAUCCGGUCCUAGGGUUGGAUCCAUCGGUACAGGCAAAGUAUAUAGCGCAGCCUCUAUAUUAUGCGGCCGCCAUAGGUGUUCCUGCCAUUGUUGAGAUGAUUUUGGGACGAAACGUCGAUGUCAAUGCGCAAGGCGGAGGCCUCGGUACUGCGCUACAGAUGGCAUCGUAUAAAGGCCGCGAGACAGUGGUGCGAAUGCUGCUCGACGCCGGGGCGGACGUCGAGGCGCAAGGGAGAUUCUUCCCCACUGCGCUACAGACGGCAUCGUAUCGAGGCCGCGAGACAGUGGUGCGAAUGCUGCUCGACGCCGGGGCGGACAUCGAGGCGCUAGGGAGAUCCUUCCCCACUGCGCUACAGUGGGCAUCGUAUGGAGGCCACGAGACAGUUGUGAAGAUGCUCGUGGGUGCCGGGGCGGAUAUCGAGGCACAAGGGGGACGCUUCGGCACUGCGCUGCAGAUGGCAUCAAGGGGAGGCCACGAGACGGUCGUUAAGAUGCUGCUGGACGCUGGGGCGCAAUAUCAAGAUGAGGGCUAA